AUGAGUCCCCGGAGCUGGAGCUGGUUCUGGACGUGCUUGCUGAGCCUGAGUGUCCUGACCCGGGCUCUGGAGCUGGAGGAGCUGUUCGAGUUUGGAGAAGAAGUCGGAGACCAGCAGCUGCCGCCUGGCUCGGACUCCAGCGCCGAACUACAUCUGAACGAAACCCUGUUCUUCUUCAGCAACACCUUCGACAAAGUUUAUGUAAGUGAAACAUCCAAGUUUGGGCGAGUUAUCAGUGAAAAGAGGGACCAAAUUAACCAUGAUGUCCAUUCAUCAAAGUUAGUCAAGUGCUAAAGAAUCAGAACUAAAUUACAACCGAAAAAAAGGUUAAAACAGAAACCUGGUUUUGGCUGUAAAAAAAUCGAACUGCAUUGGAUUUGAAGCACUCAAAGUCAGCCCAAAUAACCUCUCUAAAAGUCUCACAAAGGAACACCCAUCGAAUAAGAGAGGUCUUGAGUUUGAGCAUGUAAAUGGACUCCUGUUCUCAGUCUUUCCUCUUAGUUCAUCAGAACAAACAAAUAUUAUAAAUUAAAAUUUCCUUGUAAAAUGAGGCUUAAGUUUUACAGUGUAUAGAUAGUUUAAGAUGAUGUAUAGUAUGAGGAGCAAUUUGUAGAUUAAAGCUACUAUGUGGGUUUUUUUUCAAUAGGCUUAGCAAACAAAAGCAUCUGAUGUUUUUAACACUGUAAUUUUCAGUGCCUAAAACUGGUGUAAGGGGGUCCUGUUUUUAAGAUUUACACAGUAACAUGAAUUGUAAGUGUCAGAAGACACUACCUAAAGAAAAGGAUGGGCAAAUCCUGCUCUGGUGUCUAAAUUGACAAAAGCCAACAGUUCCUCACCAGAGUUUUUAAAUAAAAAAAACAAAACAGAAAGAAUGGUGGACUUCAUUUGAUUGGAUUUUGGCAUUUCAUGGACGACUGUUUGACGAAUGUUUUUGAGUGUUUCUUUUAUCAUUAAUUAUUGAUCAAGGUGUCAUGAUUGAUUGAUCAUGUCUGUUUGUUGACUCAUGAUGGGGGUUACUGAGUGACACCUUAACUCUAAUGUCCAGGUGCCUUAGCGGCUUCAUCACAUAUAAAGAUAUUAUAAAGAGUUUAUGCCGUUCAUGCAAAUUUUGCAAAGCCCAGGAGACCAGUUUCUGGAGUCUAAAAGUGAAAUGCUGUCCAAUUCUUGCUUGAAUGAAGAUUUCAGCUGCUUAAAUUUUCAGGGUCUCCUUUGUUCUGCUAUCAGUUUCAUGAUGCUCCAAAUAUUUUCAGUGGGUGACAGGUCAGGACUGCAGGCAGGUCAUUUUAUCAGCAUGACUCUUCUGCUACAGAGACAUGUUGCUUUAAUCGCUGCUGAAUGUGGUUUAUCAUUGUCUUGCUGAAAUAUGAAGGUCUUCCCUGAAUUAGUCAUUGUCUGGAUGGCAGCAGAUGUUGCUCCUAAACCUGUAGAUAUUGCUCAGCAUUAAUGGAGUCUUCACAGAUGUGGAAGCUACCCAUGACAUAGACUGUGAUGAUCCCCAUAUGAUCAGAAAUGCUGGCUUACAUCAUUUUCAGGCAUGGAUGCAGGGCAGGUGGCCAUGAUCAAGCAGAUUCCAUGCAGGGAAAUAUUAGCAGCUUAAAUAAGCCUUAUUCCCACAUUCACAGCACUCCUGAAAACUCCCCGAAUUUUUCAGAAUGGGCUGUACUUGUGAAUGCCAACAGUCAAUUUGUUAAUCCCCAUUUUUUCAAGACUUUUUUCAACUUGUGAAAAAAAAUUGUGAUGUCCUCCUGAUUGUUUGGAUAUGUGUUUGGUAAAAGUCUGGAAAAUGUAAGGUGCAGUAAUUUUCCAGAACUUGUAAGCAGUAAAUGUGUGAAAAGCACUUUUGAUCAUUUUAACUUUUCAAAGUAUCUUGUCUGGAGCUCUCUGUCUGCUCUCUGUUUCUGUUUGUUUACACCUGAUAAGGUAUUCUAUUGGCUCUCAAUCGCAUCACACACUUUUCUUUAGUGUUUCUGAAUUUGUUACUUUGUGGUUGACUGGUGAGAAGUUUAUCCAGAUCAUUUGGUGGACUACAAUUACUAACAUUAAGCUCUGAAAAUACUUCAUCACAGCUGCUCAAAUUGAACUUUAAAUUCAGCUAUAAUAUUGGAUUGUAUCAUAUCCUAUCAUGGCACAUUGUGCAGUAUGGUAUGAUAUUGUGCUUUAUUGUAUGGUGUCAUAUCCUGCAGUGUUAUGUCCCAUUGUCAUAUUACAUCAUAUUAUAUCAUUUCAUAUCAUAUAGUUUUGUUGUCAUUAUCACAUCAUAACCAUAGCAUAAGCAUGAUCAUUACAACUAUCAGAUUGCAUAUAUCAUGAUCAUAAAUCAUUAUCAUACUGCUCAAUAAUGUUUCAUAUCAUGUUAUUAUAUCACAAUUGUAACUCCAAAAAUUUCUUGUCACAUCAUCCUGACUGUCGUAUAAUUCUACUGAUUUAUAUCCUUUCAUAUCAUAUAACCAUACUCAAUCAUAUCAUUUAUUAUAUAGCAUAUAUUGUAUAAUGCAUUGUAUUGACAAUUAUUCUGUGAUCGAAAUUCCUGAAGCAUUGGGAUGUUUUUCUUGAAAUAUGAAGUCUUUUUAAAUUUUGUAUUAGGUUCAAAUUUCUACAAAAAAACUUACUUCUGCAAUGUAUCAUAUCAAGUAUCAUAUGAUGUUGUGGAUUACCCUGUGCUGCCCUCCCCCCUACAUUUUAAUGAAUUGAUUCUUUCACUUAUAUAUCAAAUUCUAAAAUGGAUCCUUUCCCUUUUGCCAUCACAAAAUUUGAACUUUUAGAUAAAUGUUGUGGAUUAGAAGUGUAAGCUGCAUGAAAAAGGAAAAAAACAAAGUCGAGUUGAAGCCCUUCAAAUCUGUCGUUAAGUGCUUUCUAAGUGUUCUUUUUCAGUGUAAACAGGCAGGCGGAGCUGCUGGUUUGUUGUUUGUUCAGAAGUGUUUGACGCUCUGUGAAUGAGUGAACAGAGGCAGGAAUGUGAGUCAAUUAAAAGCCAACGCAGAUAAGCCUUUCAUCAGGUCCACACACAAACACACACACACACACACACACACACACACACACACACUGAAUGCAUUCCUCAGGUCAUGUGACACCUAAUCCAGAUUGCAGUGUCCACACCAGGUUUUAAACUUUCUAAAACUGUUUUUGAGAUGUUGACCCUGUUUUUGUCACUUAAACUGAGUUCAGGUGAAGUGAUUCUAUUGGACGUUAAAGUUAUUACAUAACUUUAUCUUACAAAAAAGGCAACUUGGGCAACUGCCUACCUCUGGCGUCAUGGGCCCCCCAAGACCCCAGGGGUUAGAUUAUCUCCAGAGGUGGGUCCUGCAUAAUUACCUAAUGUGUGGUGCUUGUUUCCUGUUCCCCAAUUCAGAUUAAGAUUUAUUGUAUUAUCUCGAUAUGUUCCAUGCAUUUCCCAGUUUGCACAAAGUAACUGGUGUGGUCACAGUGAUACUUUAAAGUGGUUAAAGUACCUGGGACAAGUAUCUGGGGUGUGUGACCUGGAGGUGAGGGGUCACAUGUACUGACAUUUAAACAAGGGGGGUUAAGGUGGACGGACAAUAGAGGCUCAACAAAUGUGGCCCUAUGGCCCCUUAAAGACUAAUCCUGCCCCAUCUCUGGGUUUACAUCACCCACCAAUCAAAGGUUUUUAUCACACACACUGUUUAUGUGGGAAAACUUCUCAGUUUAGCACUGAGCCAUAAUCUGUGACUUUUUGCAGACCAUAUUUACCAGGAUUAAACUCUACAAAGUUCUCAUGGAUCUACUUACUGAAACAUUUUACAUUGUCUACCAUCUUUUCAGCUGAGACACCCUGCUAGCAUAGUCUCUAGUCUUGGUGAUGUCUUCAAUUGGUUUCUAAGAAGAAAUUAUGAUGCCCAAAAACAAGAUUUGCCAUAUUGGUGUAACCCAACCUAAUUUUUGGUCAACCUAGAAACAGGAUAGAGAUGUGGCUGAAGUCGGCCUUUUAGUGCCAUUGCAUUCAUGAUGUAGUUCCAUGUUAGUACAAGUAAGUGAAGUAUAUUCUAACCUCCCAUAAGCCUGCAAACCAGACUGAAGGUAAUUCUUUAAACUGGUACAUCCAUGAACUUCUGUGGACGACCAUCUCCCUUCCUCUUCUUUGUUACCCCUGACAUGAUUUGCUCAAGCUGCUGAGCCUCGUCAUCAAACUGAUACAUCCACUUCUGGAGUGUUUUCUCUCCUCUGUCUCAGUCACUUCACCAUUUGUCCCUCCCCCCAUUAAAACAACAGGCUGCAGACCACACAGAGCUCUCAGGGUCUCUACAGGAAGCUGUUGGGACAUGAUGAACGUCUCGCUCCGGUCACCUCCAUGUUUCAGGCACUGCAGGCAGGACUUGUGUAACCCUGAGCGGACGUGUACAUUAAGUUUGUUGUUUGGGAAUAAAUCAGUGAACAAUUUUCACCCGGGGGUUGUGUACACAUGCAGGACAGGAAAUAUAUGGAGGCUGCUGUCCUGUUGCUUUUACCCCACAAGCUGUGACGCCGUUUGGUCUCCAAGUUGAAUCUUUCUGUCCAACAAUUUAGUCCCACAGUGAGACCCCAGCAGCCCAAUGUCAGUACUAUGCAAAUGUCUAAAGUUGUACAUAAAUAUACGUCUUUUGAUACCACUAGACUAUUUGUAAAAACAGCCAACAGUCACUCUACAUGGAAGGAGAUAUUGGUCUACCUUCGCGUUUGGGGGUUAGGUUCUUGGAGUCAUUGUAAUGCUCUACAGUAGCGCUGGAUCCUGACUAAGAAAACCGCCAUAACUUAAACAAAAUCAAUCAAACCAAACUGUGCACAGGCAGACCAGCAUCUCCCAUGUCCUGAAGGUAAACUACAAUUUUUGUUGGUAGAGGCUGAUGGCUGUCAAGACAGCUGUGAAGUUUUGUAACACAUUUUAAAAUGUUAAAAAUGGCACAAAAAAACCUUCAGAUUAUGGCAGAAGUAGAUCAGCAGCUCCCAUGUUUUUGCUCAUGAAGUCCACCAUAUGACACCUUUUUUUGGCAAAUGCAGAAGUUUAACCUGAUUUAUACAAAUCAGUUCCACUUGUAUCAACCACCACACUGGCACAAAACCUAAAGAAAUUAAUCAGGCAGACCUGUAACUCUCGUGUCUUGUGGAAUCACGUGUUUAUGUAAAGGAUGUUAUGAACCGACCAAUCUAUUCUAAUCUUAAUCUAAUCUAUCAAUCUACCCUUACAUGUCAUGACAUGGGCUGGUCUAUACCAUGGAAAUGAAGUUUCAUAUGGGUUGUGUCUGGUUACACUGGCAUAUCAGGACUCACUUGGAACAGAGAGGACUGAAUACUGGUGGUGCUAGCUCUGCUAAUGUUAGCCACACUUUGUAUGAAGACGUUGAUUUUGGCUUUUUUUCUGAGUGUUUGUUUUGGACCUGCAGGCAAACUAGUUGGCCAGAAUUAAAGUUCCUGGAAGUGGCCGAAAAUUGGUCAUCUCUUUGCACUGAAAUUGUUAGUUCUGUUGGUUUGGAGGCUUUGGUUUGUAAUCAUGAAGACUUUGAGAAGAAAAUGUCAGACUGACAGCUGUCACUGUUGGUCUGCGUCUCCUUUGUGGGAUUUUCCCACAGUGUGAAGCUCUAAUUGGUCCUCUUGAGUCCUCAGUCCAUAGUGGCAUCCUGUAGGUGUGUGCCUCCCCAGUAAUUAUCAGUCUUACUGUAACUCCUCCAGCCUUUUCUUAUACAUCCAAAGUGAUGUCAGCUUUGGAAGCCCAGCUGAGAGGACUGUAAAGGCAGAACCUCUGGCUGGGCUCCAGUUUCAACUGCUGCUGCUGUGGAGGUUUUUCCGGUACUCUCCGUCCUCGACGGGAAGCAUAGCAUCUUUGCAAGGCUGGCACAUCUGGAACAUAUAGAUUUGAGACAUCUGUCCUCCAAAACCAGAUGGCAGCGCUCAGGGUGUUUCCUCCCCACUCUGUUCUCACACUGAUAACGAUGAUCUCAGGGGUCGGACAUGUGUGAUGUAAGGGCUUCUCUGCUGCGGGUCCUUUAACAGAACAUAUAUUAUUACACAAAUAUGCUGCGGGAAACAUGUAGACCUUACAAAACCUCAUGUAUAUUUACUGUUACUGUGCAGGAGAGGAUUAGGAAUGCACAUGCAGAAAGUAUUUGGGUUCUUAGUCUCAUGAGAGCAAAUCAGACAUAAGUGCAAAGAUCUAUGAUUACAUAGAUCUUUGUACUUUAGGAAGUACAUCUUAGGCCAACGCCUAAGAUAUCUGCUGUUCGAAGUCUGGAACUUAUGUAAAAUAACUCUUCUCAACACCAACAAACUCCUCUGACAGAACCUAAAAUUAGCUUUUUUUUCAAAGGCUACUGGCUUUAAAUAGGGUUGUUCAAAAGCUGUUUCUAGUUUCUGAGAGUGAUAUAUCGGUCAUUAAACCUGGUAAAUGGUUGCUUUUUGUGUGGGUAACAAUGAGAUCCUUUGUGAAGUUAAAGCUUUAUGCUUGAGUUGACUUUUUAGCCUCUUGAAUGGGGAAAAUCUCAGUGUAAGAUAAAGUGUGAUAUUUAUCUGCAUUUAUUGGAACAGCUUUUGUUGCUUUGCUAUGGCAGGACAGAAAGGGACAAAAUAGUUAAAAGUGUAUUUAUUUAUUUAGUGAGUGGCUGCCUGAAAUACCCUAGCAGGAAGAUGGAAAGAAAGAAGAAAGGGGUUGCUUUUGUAUGCAAGAGAACUUUCUUGACAUUUUUGAUGGAAAAACUCGACACAUUUAUCAUGUAUCACAAGAGCUUUUUGUCCUUGUAGGCCAACAUAGCUUCACUAACAGUUGGGGUGAGCAAGGGGGCCUUUUUGGAAACUGGUUGCAAGAUAUGGCAAAGUGCUGCCAUUUCUCCUCACUGUACCCUUAAACUGAAGGGAGACUCUGGAUGUUUUGCAGACAUGCUUUAUAUUUUGAACUGGUAUCUGCAUAAUUUCAUGAGCUAUCUGUGAGUCCUGGGACCAAAUCCUUCUGCUGCUAAGUCUGCCUAAGUCUUCCAGGUUUCAGACUAGCUGUUAGCUUGUUUUGGCCAGACAACAGACUUCCUGUGUCCCCUCUGUAAUGACUCUCGAGUGUCAUGCCGCUGUCAUUCAUGUGUCUCUCUGGAGGAAGUCUGCGCUUAAACCCUGCAGACUUUUUUUCAGAGGCAGUCGGGCAGGACGCCUCCCCUUUCAUCUCCUUUUCUAUCUAGCUCUCAGAUAUUUCUUUCUAAUUGUGUUCAGGCUCUGACCUUUGACCUCUGCUGCUGGUUGCUUACUAAUAUAUCUAACUUACUGGCAUCUGUUUGGAUGAUAAACCACAUGGUUUUUUUUUUGUUUUAAUCUUGAUGAUUACGGCUCACAGCUCAUGAAAAUCAAAACUCAACUAUCUGAAAACAUCAGAAUAUCACAAAACACAGAUACAAAAGAUGAAUUUAUGAUAUAGAAAUGUUGACCUGGAAAAUUCUGUUCAUUUUUACCUUCAGUAUAAAUUAUAUACUUGGUAUAAUUGGUCUGGGAUCCCUUUGGAUGAAUUACUGCAUCAGUGUGUCGUGUCAGGGAAGUGAUCAGUCUGUGUCUCUGCUGUGGUGUUAUGAUGGUCCAGGUCUCUGAUAACUCCUUCAACUCAUCUGUUUUGUUGCCCUGGUGUCUCUCAUCAUCCUCUUGAUGAUACUUCAGAGAUCCUCUGUGGGGUUCAGGUCAGGCCAGUUGGCUGGACAAUCAAGCAAAGUCAUAUUAUGGUCAGUAAACCAGUUUCUGAUAACUGUGGCACUGUGAGCAGGUGCCAGGUCCUGCUGGUAAAGGAAAUCAAUAUUUCCAUAAAGCUUCUCAGCAGAUGGAAGCAUAAAGGUCUCUAAAAUCUCCCGGUGGACUUAAGGCUGUGUUGACUCUGACACUUCCCACAACCUUGUCCUGUGAGCCUCUCAGAUCUUCCUGCAGACUCUGGUACAUUGAUAUCCAAAUAAGAGCAGGAGAUAGGACUUUGGCCACUGAUCAAUAGUCCAGUUCUUUGUCUUCUUAGUUCAGGUGAGACUCUUAUUUCAUUGUUUCUGGUUCAGGAGGGUCUUGACAGCAUGUAGUGGCUCUUGAUGCACUGACGUCAGCCUCAGUCCAGUCCUUGUGAAUCCUUCCUAAGUUCUUGAAUCUGCUCUGCUUGUCAAUCCUCUCAAGAUUGCUCUUGUCCCUGUUGCUUGGUCUCAUGUUCCUCCCUCAUUUCCUUCCAGUCAACUUCCUACGAAUCUCUUUCCAUACUGACUUCUGUGUACAGCCAGACUUUUCAGCAAGGACCGUCUGAGGUGUAAUGCUGGUCAGCAGUCUUCUCCAUGAUUGUUGUUGUGUGUGCUGAACCAGAGGGUGAGAAUAAGAAUAAAGCUCAGUAAACCUCAGAGUUAAUCAGCUGAUCAAAGCUCUUUUCAUGACUGAAUGAACUGACAAGAAACUGGACCUUUACACAACAUUUUGAUGUUUGGGGAUAGUGGAUCUUUGAUUUUCAUUGGCUUUCACUGGCAAAGAUAGGCACAUGUCCCUUUCAAAAUCCAGUUUAAGUCUCAAGCCUCUUAGGGCAGGUAGACAGAUAAAGAGCUAGAUGUUGAAUAAAAGAGGCCUGAGAAUAGAGCCCUGAGGAACUCCUCAUCAUUUUCUCUUUUUUAAACUUAGAGUUGACACAAAGUGGUUCACAUCUUGUAACACAAAUUGAGCAAGAUUAGAACAGACAAGCCCACCUACUCUGCACUCUCUUUUAUUCACAGCGCUUUUGUUACCCUGAAGAAAUCCCCUACUCUGUUCUCUGUUAAAAUAACAGAAUUAACUCCUGAACUGCAGAUGCAAACAUUACCCUUCCUGCUCACACUCCAUGGUGUUCUGGACUCAGACAGUAACUGUGGCAUUCGCAGGCAUUCAGUACAAGGCAGCUUUGAGUUAAUGAGGUUAAAAAGAUCCUUUUCUUCUGACUGAAUGGGAAGUUAUUGUGAGGAAUUCCUGUGGGUUGACAAAGCGAGAAGAGCUGCUGAGGAGAGUUGAGCUGUAGGAGGAUCUCAGACUGGUUUUUACUGGAGUUACUCCAGUCUGUAAGGCUGGACAAUAACUACCCACUCCUACUGAAACGCCAAGAUUUGAUACAAACAAAUCAUAUUUAUACUCCCAUCUACUUUUUAUUUCUUGUAUCCUUCAUGGCCUGUUCACAGGGUGAGCCAAAUACAGCCCAGUCUAUAUACGGGAUUUCCUCUCAAACUUAUUAAAAUAAUCCCCUAUAAUCCACAAGUCUGUUUUAGCAACCACAUUAAUCUUUUAGGUAAUCUCUUAUUAAUAAUGGGCUCCAGGAGGACCUACAACAACACAAGCUGAGGCUAACAGAUUUUUUUAAGAGUUUAUUAAGACUUAAGUGAUUAUAAUCCUGCUGAAAUAAAAUCUCAUAACUAGAGAAAGGUAAGACUUAGAUAAUGUGCUUUACAUGUCAGUUAGUAUGUAGGUGCAAGGGUGUAGCUGGGAUGUGGGAGGUUGUUGCAAAAUUUAUUUAAAAACAAAAAAACAACACAAACUAAGCACACUAACGUUGGACUCACAAAAUUGAGAAAUCUCAGAAACCAAGAAAGUUCAAAUAAUUACAAAAGUAUUUUAAUUUAUGGUUAGCCUAUAUGUUAUUGCAUCAUCAAUCAAGCUGAUUGAUAUGGCUGCAUUUCAAAAUAUUCGAUAUAAGCUCAUGUUCAGGCUCAGAGAGCUGACUAAAAAAUCUGAAAUUACAUUUGCAGGCAACGUCGUCACUGCUGUGGCUAUAGAACAAUGUCAACAUCCCCAAAUCGAAAACAGUUACUGAUUAGUGUUUAGUCCCUGUUUAUGAUUUCUUCCUUGAAAUCAGCAUCAAAUCCCAGCCUCAGUCAUUGAAUAACUCUGCCUUCUUUUUUGUCAUUUUUUUUCUGGAUGAUCACUGUGUCUCUCCGUCCUCCAUCCCUCUGCUGCUGUGGUUGUAAGUGACAGCAGGCCUCAGUCACUAGGGGUAUGCUCGCUUUAUGGUUAAAUUGAGCAUCACUGUUAUUGACUUUCAGCUUUAAGCUGAUAUUUUUUUUUGCUGGAAAAUAAGACAAUCCUCCUUUUUUCAGAGGGAAAUACCUAUCAGUUCUGUACAUGUAGUUUAAUUCUGAGCUGUCAGUAACAAACAAACUGUUCCUCCCUCUCCCCUCAGAUCAACACAAAUGGGUUUGUGUCCACGGAAGAACCUCCACCUGAGGAGCAGUACCUGGGAAAGAUGCCCUCCAGUUUCAAAAUGAUUGCACCCCUGCUUGGAGACCUAGACAACAGUGACGGUCAGGGGAGGGUCUUCUAUAGGACGGAUAGCAGCCCAGAGGUGCUGAGCCGAGCCGCUGAACACAUCAAACAAGCUUUCCCCAGAGACCAAGGAGUGGACCCCACCAGCACCUUUAUCGUCACUUGGGAGAAUAUGGCUGCCAGGGGGAUGUCUGGACGAGGGGAUGGACUAGAUGCUAAGGUAAGGGACUUUUUUUAUUUUGAAAUCAGUCAGAAGAAGAUUAGAUUUGUAGUACACUUUUGGACAGAGGGGUUUACUAAUUUGUGGUAAAAAUGCAUGUUUUUUUGCUCAUUAGAGGGUUUAUAGAGGACAACUUUUACUUUUGGUUGAUUAAUUUUCUUUAAGUCUGGUUUCCUCCCACCACCCCAAAACAGGCUGUAAUGACUGUAACUGAGUGUUUUCAACAAUCAAGUAGUUCAAAAUACAUCUGAUAAAAGUUCUUAUUCUUAUCACUGAUGGGGAAAGAUCUGAAGAGUUUUUCACCCACAAAAAACUCGUAAAUGACAACAUAAAGCCAAAACUGAAGAGAAUGCAGUUCCAAGACCAUCCACUGGAGGUUUUCUCCUAAAUGCCGUUAAUCUCCUUUAGGCUUCCUAUUAAAUUGUCCAACUUAACAUCAGAAAUGAACAUGGUUACAACUGAGUACAAAAUAUUUUUUGGUCUUAACAACUUCUUGAUGAACUGGUAAAGACUGCAGCAGGGAAAUCGUUGUUAACUCUUAAGAUAUUACAAAAGCUGAGAGCUGUAAUCAUUUUAAGCAGUCCUGUAUCUGAGCCACUUUACUGUCGACCACAGGCUGAAGUUUAAUGUCACAGAUCCAUGUCCAAUUACCACCAGGUGCUAUAAAUGUCCCAGACGAGGAGGCUGAGUCCUGACAAGAACCUGACAAGAACAAAACAAACCUCUUUUGAGCAUGUUCAGCAGCUUCAAAACAAGCAGUAAAACGGUGUUUAUGUUGUUACGUCACUCUAAAUUGUUCCAAUAUGUAAAGGUUUCUCUGCAUGCCAGACUUCUUUUCGUAUCAACAUCAGUCCUGAUCAACUCAGAUUGUUCUAACAAUUACACUAAAUUAAAGUCGAUGCUCUUGAGGAUAAAGUGCCGCAUGUUUCUCUUUGUUUUCUCUUGUACAACAUUAUGAAAGACUUAUGUAAUGAGCAGAAAGAACACCGUGGUACAGCACCUCAUUUUUUAGGUUUCCAUCUCAGUGCAGCUCAUUCUUUAUCAUAAUGUAUAGAUUCUGCAGCUGGUCCUGCUAUCCUCCCUGCAGUUUACAUUACGCUGGUCUUUGUUAGUCGCACAGAUUCCAACAGCUGGUCCAUAACUCUUCCUGAUAUACAACCGCUGAGUCAACUCCCACAAUCAUUUCAUCGUCUGCUCCUCGCCAAACUCUGGUCUCCCUAAAGUAUCCUCUGCUGCAAAGUCAUUUAUUUACAGUGUGCAAUUCAUUGCAGUAACAAUAAUAAACAUUUUAGGGUAAGGUAUGAUACACUUCAUUGACUCUUUGGGUAGGUUGUCUUGGACUUGCGUGCUGCACACAUUUUCAACCUCAAUGAUCUUAGCAAAAAACUGUGCAUAUGUUUACAGACAGCGCAACAGUAUCCUGCACAUGAGCUGUACUGCCGAUAAGUUCCUUUAAAUAAGUACAAUAACUUGUUUUUGAGAAACUUGGCAGCCACUUUAACUUGUUCACAGUCAGUUGAGUCCAUAUAUUAAUCUCUCUGAACAGUCACCAAUAUCUGGAGUAUACCAGGACCGUAUACAAAGUGCAAUACUGACCAAAGAUGCUGCAAAAAUACUCAAAAAGUUCAGUCUCAAUUGGUGCAGUGUAAAUCAGUGCUGUUGGUUAUGGCACAUCUUACCUACUCCAGCCCUGACAUAAUAAGAUACCGUAUAUAUCUAAACUAAGAUUUUCAGUCUGUUGUGUUUCCUUGUUAUUUCCAGAGAAACACUUUCCAGCUGGUUGUGGUGACUAUGGAGUCGUCUUCCUGUGCCAUCCUUCUGUACCCCAGACACCACCUGCAGUACGUCUCCACUACAGUGGGGGGCGAGAGAAAGCUCUUAGAGGCUGGCUUCAAUGAAGGACUUGUACCAGGAUGGAUCUGGAGCACCAAACAGGGGACGUACUUCCAGAUCACUGAAGAAGACGAGACAUCCAUCAGGGAACUAACAGAGUAUGAAUCUGAAAUCUUUAUUUUGCGGCUGGUGGUGUGGACCUCAACAGGUUAUCUUUAAAAGCAGGCGUUGGAUUUCUUAUUCAGUAUCUGGUAUUUACAGCAAUUCAAAUCAUUAGCCAACCACGCCAGCAAUAAGAAGCAAUAAACAAUGUUUUUUAAAAUUUAAUGCAAAGGAAUAGUUUAUCGCACAUUCAUUCAAAUCUGUAAAUAAUAGAGGGUUAGUUCACUCUUUUUAGCUCCUAUGUUACCCUGUGUAAGUCUGUUUUACCAAACAAAACUGUUAAAACCAAACCUGUAACAUUUGGUAGGGAUUGCGUUGUCUGUGUGGAAGUUAGUGCUCUGUAUUCCCAGAUGGUGGCGCUAUGACUAGUGGUGACCUGAGCAUGAAGACAAAAACAAGGGCAGACCUUGAUCAUAUAUAUGAAAUAUUGAAUGGAUUGAACACUGUAUAAAGGAGUUAGAAUGACUUCAUGUUUCAUGGCUGGACACCAGUUUGAAGAGUUGCCAUGGUGACAAUUCUUUGAGAAGUUUUUAUCUUCAGUGUGUGCACUUUACUAACCUCUGUAGGACUUGAUCAGACAAAAAUCUGUAGGCAUAAUCCGUAAGAUAUGCACUCUGUAAAUUUGAUGUAAAAUUUUUCUAAAAUCUGUGGACUUCCUGUUGGGUUUAGGGAUUUUCCUUAGGUCUUGGCUUGAGAAACUCCUGCAUGUAAGUUGAACCUGUGAUUAUAGAACUGUAUAAAAUCAAAUUGUCAGGCCAUCGGGGAGACAUCGUCAUUCCCAGUACUCUCUGUAUGAAGGGUUUAAGAGUGCAUUGGUAGAUUGGACUGUAUGUGAAUACACAGCUGAGGAGGUAUUUCCACCUCCUCCCGUCAUACAAACAUCAGGCAGAAUACCUCCUGCACAGAGUGCUGACAUGUUGGGCAUUGGUCAUUGGUUCUUAUUUUCCUUCUUUCCUUUAUCCACCCAGAAAAACCACCUCAGGACAGUACGGGGUUUUGGUCUAUGAGAUUGGCUCCUCUCCAAUCUUUGUCUCCAUCACACCGGGAAUGGUUUCUGAGGAGGAGGGCGCCACAAAACCUCCUUUGACUGUUUCACCAUCUGAGACUCCAUCUGAGAACCGACCCAGGUACCCAGAAUCAGAGACCACCACAGCUGGAUAUGCUGAACCUGAGACAGAAGAGCCAUACUAUGAAGAACCAGACCAGUUUGAGCCAGAAUACCCUGAACCUGAAUCAGUUACACCAGUGUACACCGUCCCUGAGAGGGCCCAGCCAAGAUACCCAGACCGGCCUGAGCCAAGAUACCCUGACCAGCGCAGAACUGAAUACCCUGAUCCUAGAUAUACCCCAGUCCGGCCUAGAUAUCCUGAACCAGUCCAACCAGUGCCACCUUAUUCCCAACCACACCAGCCCCAGAUUGUAGUGGUGGAUGAAGACGAAGAUCUGAAUGUGAAUGGUCAGUCCCAGAGCUCCAGUUGGAGAGCAUGAAGGAGGGGUUUGGCAUAUUCGUUAAGUUUCACUGUCUCUUACCUGAGGGUGAUCGGCUUUUGUUUGCUUUUUUCUUUCCACAGUGUUUGCCUACAAUUUGGAGACAUGUGCAAACAACAGGCACAAGUGCUCAGCUUUUGCUGACUGUCGGGACUACAGCAGCGGGUACUGCUGCCACUGUAGGCCUGGUUUCUACGGUAACGGCAAGGACUGUGUGGCAGAAGGUGAGAACCCUGAAUGGUAUAAAACUCCAUGGAUCUGAUAGGCAGUGCAAGUUUUCUUUGACCUUAGUGACAUGACAUUAAAACAGUUAAUUGAUGCUUCUCAAAAGUAAAGCUCAUGAAUCUGUAAAGAAACAUCCACCUGAGUGCGGAGGUUCAGAGUGAAGUGACACUAGUGGAUGUAAAUGGGAAUGCCAACAUUUUAAAGGUCUUAUUGGAAACUUUGUAUGAACAGAGAUGAGUAUUUGAUGACUAUAACUAUCUUUGGUUGGGAUUAUUGUCUUUGAAGAACCACCUGUUUGAUCCUUCAGGUUCUCCUAAACUGCCUGACAGAUCAAAUAUUUUUUUACAGGGAAACCACAGAGAAUGAAUGGAAAGGUAAACGGACGAGUAUUUGUUGGGAACUCUCCGUCACCCGUUGAGCUCAAUAACAAUGACUUACACUCAUAUGUGGUUGCCAAUGAUGGACGGGCCUAUGUGGCCAUCAGUAACAUCCCCAAGAGCCUGGGUCCCUCCCUGCAGCUCCUGUCCUCGCUGGGUGGGGUCAUCGGGUGGGCCUUCGCUCUGGAGCAGCCUGGACACCAGAACGGCUUCAGUGUCGUUGGUGAGUGGACAUAUUUGUAUCAGAUUAGUCAGGUAUUAGCUGCCCCAUCUCAGUAUUUAACUUAGAAUGUCAAUGCAACUGACCGUACUCACACGGCAGCCGGCUUCCUGUGGGAUCACGCUGUCCCACAGCUGUUUUAGAGGGUUUCUAACAUUAGUUAUCAGUGUUCAAGCUUCAGUUGGUCAGCAUUCGAAGAGACCAACACAUGUGAAGUUCUGACAUAGAUCUGGUCAUAACAGACAACAAAACAUCAAAACAUAGAGCUAGCUGCUAGCAUGAGCAUUAAGUCGAUUAGACAAGACUACAAAAGAUUUGAUGGUGGCAUCGAUAAAUGUAUCAGUACCCAUAAAGAUUAAAGACCUCAUUCCUUCUCUCUGCAGGUGGUGUGUUUUCCCGACAGGCCGAGGUGAUCUUCUAUCCUGGUAAUGAGCGUCUGAGCAUUAAGCAGCAGUUUAAGGGAAUCGACGAACACGACCACUUGGUGGUGAGCACUGAGCUGGAGGGACGCCUGCCCACUAUUCCACUGGGAUCCACUGUCCAGAUUAACCCGUAUAAGGAGAUCUACCAAUACGACAGGAACUGUAAGGACAAGAUUCGGCUCAGUUAUGAGGACUUUUGUAGAUCAGUACACAGCAGGAAGUACCUUUAUGCCCUUAUAAGGCCAAUGUUAUGAUGACAUCAAAGUUUGCUUCUCCACCAUCAGUGAUCACUUCCUCCUCAAACCGUGACUACACCAUCUCCUCCCCUGACGGUUCUGCCCAGACCAGAAGCUACCAGUGGCGUCAGACCGUCACCUUCCAGAGCUGCCCGCACGAUGAGGCCACCAGGGCGGCGCCAUCCACCCAGCAGCUCAGCGUGGACCAGAUCUUUGUAAUGUUCGAUUCAGAAAAUGACCUGAUCCGCUAUGCUAUGAGCAACAAGAUCGGCUCAGUCCACAGUGAGUUCUGAUGUUGAGAAAAAUUCGGCCUAUCGGCCUCUGAAAUCAACAAAUUCUCUCAAUUUCAAACAAAAAAUAGUGCAACACAAAUUCUCUUAAUUAUUGAUUUGAUUAGAUUUUGUCCAUUUUUACAAAAGUCAAAAACUCCCAAAUCAACAAGGUACAUUAUUUAGCAUGAAGAUAACAGACUGCCCCUAAAUUCAUCCCCCCCUCCAUGAUCAGCGGAAGCGUGGCAGAGUUUGAUCUUAAAUCAGAGAAGUGAUGGUUUAUAACAUGUCAUGCAUUGUUCAUGUUGUCCCUAUAGAGAUGUCAGGGUCUGCAGGUCGUCUGUCAGGGUCAGUCGGAGCAAAAAGAUGUGUGUUAUUAACCAGAGGAAUGCACUGAAACAUGCCUCCGACACUUUAGUGCCCCGGCGAUGUUUGCAGUGAACAUCAGAAGAAGAUAAACAGUAAUCUGAGCCCGGCUGUAUUUCCUCAGCUGCAACCAGAGAGGUUUUAGGCCCGAUGGCAGGGGGUGAAGGUCGACCAGAUACCAACAUCCAGAACACAGCAGGGAGGGGAGUGGGGGAAGGGCGUCAUGAGGACCUUUUUUUUAGUCCAAUGAAAGAGGGGUUAAAGGUAAAAGGGCAGGUGGGGGCUGUUGAUGGGAUGCUCUGGGGCUCAGAGUUACACAAACAAACAGGACUCAGCUGCAGAAAGGGGAACAUCUGGGUCGUGUUUCCUGUGAGGUGGAGGUCUGGAGAAAACUUCAAACAUGGAGCUCGAGCCUCAGCUGCAUGAUGGGAAAAAAAAGAUAACGACUUUUUCUCGACUGUGAAGGGAAAUCUCAAACACUGGAAAGACUUGAGGUUCUCCAGCUGUGCAAAACUACAAACUAAGCAUGUCAGGACAGCUGAUAAUGAUAGGAAUGACAUUUCUGCCGGUGUUACAGCUAAUAAACUGAUCUAGAAACACAAAAAAGAGAUGAGGUUUUCACCCCAAAUGCUGGUUCAUUUGAGAGAAAGUAAAAUGAUUUCAGAUUGAUUUGUUUUUAUUUGUGAAAAUAAACCUGAGCUCAGCACUGUUAAUAACUCUCAGUCAUCCUUUGAACAGAUCAGAGCGCUGAUUUUAAACUUUUGUCUAAUGUGUCUCUACAGGCAGUCUUCCAGAGCAGAACCCCUGUUUCACUGGCAGACACGGCUGCGACAUCAACGCCAUGUGCCGACCAGGUGAAGGCCUCCAGUUUACCUGUGAAUGCACCAAUGGCUUCACUGGAGACGGACGCUACUGCCAAGGUUGAUAAAGCUCUGCAUACUCACACAUCAACACAUGAAUGCGAUUAAUAUGUUGAGUUAUACUUGGAGAAGUUUUACAGGUGUUCCUCUCUGAAUAAUGAUCUUUAAGAAGAUACUUCAGUGCAAAUAAUGAAACUGUUUCAGGGAGGGAUUUGAGUAUCCAGCAGAUGUAGUCCUUCAUUUGGGAAAAGUCAAAUUCAAAGAUGUCUAUAAUUUAACUGUUAAAUUGAAGCAAUUUCAGACUUUACGGUUUUUAGAUGUAAAAAUAUGCACUAGAGUAGAUCAUCAGCCUCAUACUUUUUUGCAGAUACUGACGAGUGCAGAGAGACAUAUAAUAUCUGUGGGCUGAAUGCCGUCUGCAGUAAUCAACCUGGAACUUUCCGCUGUGAGUGCUUGACCGGCUACGUGUUUGCAAGUGAUGGGAGGACCUGCAUUGGUAAGUUAGUGUGUGUUUUGGUGUGUUUCUGCAAGUGUUGGCAGCUGUGUGGUUGCUGGAAUAUCAGACAUUCUGUUGGCCCCCGAAACACUUGAAGUCAUGGGUUUUUGAACGGGACUUCUGUAGGUGAAAUAAUGUUAAACUGAUGUUGUUCUUGUGAAGCAGCAAAAUCUACAUAUAAAAAUCUUGGUGAAACAGAAGUUCCUGUGAAAAAAAGGCACUAAAGGCCCCAAAACUAAUUCUGAUGACUGCUAGUAAUGAGUGCUGAUGUUGUGUUGACUGUACACUUUCCUGGUUAGACUCACUCUUUAAAUGAAAAAUAAAUCAUAGAUUUCAGGAUUCAAAUCUGUAUUGCUGAUUUGAACUCUCUGUCUUUAAAAUCUGCCCUUUCAUUGAUUUCCUUGGACUCCCAUCAGUUCUCUAAACCUCCAUGCAUUACCUUUACUCACCUUUAAACUCUUAUUUUAAUACUUUGUGGGUCCCAGCAACCUCAAUCUUUCAGUUUCUGCCUCCUGUGACCUCCAUCCCCUUUAGUUUCAUUUGUCCACCUGAGCCACAAUCCUUCAACUCAAUUCUUUACUUUCAUUGAAACCUUGGACUUCCGUCAGUGACUUUCAACAAAUCUCUUGACUGCCUUCCUAAACUUUUGCCUGUCCCCUUGACCUCCAUCCUUAACUUCUGUCUGUCCCCCUUAACCCCAUCCUAUACUUUUUCUUGAACCUUUGACCUCCAUCCUGUUGUCUGACCCCUUUACCUCCAUCCUAAACUUUUGCCUGCCCCCUUGACCUUCAUCCUUAACUUUUUUCUGUCCCCUCAACCUUCUUGUACAUUUGCAUGUCUACUUGACCUUGAUCUUAUACUUUUGAUCUUUUCUUGACCACCAUCAAAUCCAUCACCCCAGACCUUUACCUACCUCAUCAUUGCCAUUCUUUAAAUUUAUGUCCCCUUGACCUUCAUCUUUACUCUUUAGCUGUCUCCUUUGUUAUCGUUAUCCUCUCAAAUGUGUAACUUUCCCUUUGACCUCCAUCUAAUAUUUUGUUCUUCGCCUUGAGCUCCAUUGCUCUCCUCCACAGCAGCUUCAAUAUUCUGUCUAAUCUUGCAGAGCAGGGAGGACCUGUUGAUCACUGCCGUAGAGGAAGCCAUGACUGUGAUGAUCCCACACGAGCUCAGUGCAGCUACACUGGAGGCUCCGCCUACAUCUGCUCCUGCCUGCCUGGGUUUGUGGGUGACGGUCGGGUGUGCAGGGGUGAGUGUUUGGGUUUUACAGGCAGACCUUGGACUGAUAAUGCAUACUGUUACAUGAUACUGUGUCAGGUUGUCUUUAGUUGGCAAUAAUCAGAGAUGCAGUCAUUGUUUAAGGUCUCCAUUUUUGUUUAGAGGCAGUUUGAAGCUGCAGGAAAAGUCCAAAUUUGAAUUUUGUUUCGAACUUUAAAACUUAUUACAAGGGUUAAUCAGACUGAAGGAGCUAAAGGAGAUUUUGUUUUUUUCCCUCAGAUAAUGGUAACAAAUCUACAGCCCUGUAGGAUUCAUAGGGGGACAUAACGCUUCUUUGUGCUUGUGAAUCUCUCCAGCUUCUCGGUGAAAUGAUCCGUGUGGGAGUGUGGAGCAGCAGCAUGACAUAAUGGAGGAACAGAGUGAUCAGUGCACUGGGUUUUUGAGCUGGACAAGAAUCAAGCUUCAUGCUAUGAGCAUAAAUCUGAAACAGCAGCAGCAUAGGACCAGAUUUUUACUGUUUUUGUUGUAGCACUCUGUAGGUCUGCACCAUGGGCCUCAGAGACAGGAAAUGUUUGCACCUGCUCAGGAAAUACAGAACCCUGCCUUACAGCUGUGCAUCUCAUUUCUCAUAUGUGCUUCUUAUCCACUCUGUCUCUGUAGCUCAGAUGAGAGGAUGGAAACAUCAGGAUCAAACUUUCUGAUGUCUUCACAUAUGUAAUAAGUUUUACAUAAGGGAGUCAGAGGAUAGAGAGAAUAUUAAAGAGUUCAUUCUCAGCGACUAAUCCUAUAAAAGUAACUAGAUCAAAUAAAAGCUGUCAGCCCCUAUUAUUUUUAUAUUAAAAAUUGGCACAAGUGUGUUAAUGUACUUGGGGAAACUUACCAUAUAUGAGCAUUUCAGGGGCUGAUGUCUUUGGUUUGUGACUGGUGCAAUCAGGGAUAGCAGCACCGAACAGAACGACUAAAAAUGUUUGUCUGCAGAAUCAUUCUAAAGACAAGAACAGGAUACUGAAAUCUUCUCUCUCUGUUUUAGAUGUGGACGAGUGUACACACAAUCGAUGCCAUCGCGAGGCCUCCUGCACCAACACAGAGGGCUCCUUCACUUGCCAGUGCAAUCCUGGUUUUCAUGGUGACGGCUUCCAGUGCAGCCGGACAUCCUCAGGUGGGUGACUCACGUGCUCUUUGACAACUGUGUGAAGAUAGAUAAAGUGUUAAUUGGUUCCCUGCCUGAUUUUUAGACAAAUCGACCAAAAUGUUGAGGGAGAACUGUGGUGAAAUGUUUGUGUUUGAAAAGUCAUAAAAGCAGCAGUGUGGUCCUUGUAAAAAUCUCUUCAUUUACAAAAAGCUUCAUAAAAAGAAUGUUUGUUUUACUUUUCAUGUCAGACGUUCCAGAGACAAAUGAAGGCUGUGUAAACUCUGCUGAGUGUAAAUAUUAUUCUGAGGAGCAUAAAUCAGCUGAAGGACGUGCAGGGGAGUGUUCAGGGGCACGGAGCUCUGAAGGAUGUUAGUGAGGAGAUCAGAGUGUAAACAGAUCCAUGUUAGACUCAACACACACUGGAUGACGCACUGCAGAAGUCCAUGUUAGAGGCAGCGUUGACUCUACGGCAUCAGAUCUGAUCAGGGUUAAUAACAAAGAAAUGAGAGAUGAAAUAGAGAGUCAGUGCAGGGACCUCACUCCUCUGGGCUUCAUCGAUCGACUGAGUUCAGAAAGUGCUUUCACCUUCCUCUGGUGUAAAGAAUCCUUCUACAGCAGGCACUAACAUGAUGCACUUUUGGAGCAAACCAUGUCCUCCAUUAAAGAGGAGAAAGUGUUAUUUAAAGCUCCAUUAAUGGGUGUUUUUGUGGCCUGUGCAGUAAUUCAACAAGGCGUGCCUUAAAAGGAUAUUCCGGUGUAAAAUUAAUUCAGGGUCAAACGUACUGUAACGCUGAGUUAAACACCCCCUCGAGAGAUGAAUGUUGCCGGCUGCUUGCUCCUCUAGUUACACCAACUUUAGUAACGACCGCACGAUAGCAAUACACAUCGGUCUAUGGAACCACACAAACCUCAACCAAAAAGCCACUCUAUAACCACAAAUAAUACUCAGAACAGCACCUAACUUCAUCAACUGUACUUAUAGGGUCCCAGCCACCAAACAUCUUUUUAAAUUUGCCUAAUUUCUUUAGCAAAGAGACCAAACACAACUCACCUACUCUCUUCCAGCAGCUGCCUGUUUGUAGCAAGACCUCGGACUAGUCCAUCAUUGACUACAGCGGGGUGACACAGCUCAAGGAAGAACAUUUAUGAUCAUUUCUUUAUGGAAAUGCAAUCAGACCAAGACACUAAGGCAGAAUAACUACCCCAUCUGCAGUGCAAAAUGAUUAAUAUGAUGAUUAUUACUUCAAGGAAAUUAUAAAGUAAUGAUCAUAAAUGUUCUUCCUUGAGCUGCGUCACCCCGCAGCAGUCCGUAAUGGAUUGGUCCAAGGUCUCACUACAAACUGGAAAAGAGUAGGUGAGUUGUGUUUAGUCUCUUUAGUCGUUACUUUAGUUACUAGAACUAGAAGAGCAAGCGGUCAGCAACAUUCAUUUCUCGAGGGGGUGUCUAAUUCGGUAUUACAGAUUUGUUUGACCCUAAACUAAUAUUACGCCGGAAUAUCCCUUUAAGGCUCAACUCUCAACCCACUACUUUUUCUAUUUUAGUUAAUGACCUCCCUUUGUUUUCCCUUGGAAUAUUGUGUGUUAAGCUCUAAGCUGACGAUAGCGUUAAACUCACUCAAAAAAGAACUUAUUAUGGUUUGAAUAAGCUCUGCAGUUUGAUUUGAAUAUUAUUUGAUAUCCUCUUUAACCACAGUUGAACAGUACUAAAUUUCACAUCCUAAUCUACUGAAAAACUAAAUGAACUGGUCAUUAAGUGUUAUGAGAUGGUAGACCACUGUGUGAAGUUGAAACACCAAGUUGACGUGUUAGGGUUGUAUCAUAGUUGUAGCUGUCUAUAGCUGCCUGUUUGAUCAUUUUUUAUCGUAAUGUAAGCAGGUGGGAUAUUUAUGUAACAUGGGACUCCAUAACAAUCAGCUCACAUUUGAAGACUGCCUGGCGGACACUCUAGGUACUGAGAUUUUUGGGACUUCAAUUUCAGAAUCUGGGGUAACUCCUGUUGUUGUGUUUUAAAGAAUCUUUUACUUUAGUUUUACUUCUCUUGUUGUCUUGCUUUCUUAUACGUCUUAACUUGUAUUAUAACUUGAUUUAAAAAUACACACGAAAAACUCACUGAAAGCCAACUGCCAACUAUUUUUAAUGGUUCUUAGUGUAGCUUUAGAUCAUUUAGGGACGUUUUGAAACGAUAAAGUUGUUGUUGCUUCAUUUAAAGUUGAAAAAUAAAGCCUCUUCUGUCAGGUUAAGGAUGUAUUUAUCUCCCUCCUGACUUGAUUGGUCUGAAGUUUCAUGCUGUCUCCUGAUUGGCUGACAGCAGGUGAAAUUUCUUGUCUGUUUUGUUGGAGUUGUUGUGUGUUGGUGUUUUGGCGUUGCCCCAAACCUGCAGACUCCUCCAGUGCUUCCAGGUGUCAGGAGCUGUGCGCUAAUUACAGCUCGCUCCUCCACACCAAAGUUUUCCCAUAUUUUUGUCCUUUUUUAUGACCUGUUGGCCUCUGAAAGCUGUAAUCUUUCUGUCCCCUGUCAUAACUUGUCACAGCGUCUCAUACUGUAAGCUGCUCUGUUUCCUUUUGUCUGCAUGUUGUCUUUUUAACCCCUUUCUUUCUGUCUCUGAGGGGUCUUUCUGCUAUUCAUGCUUUAUCUCUGGUUGUUGGCCUGUGAGGGCACACUACUGUCUGAUUGUCGAGUGUUAUGGCUGUUUUGUGGCUGUCUUGCUGAUACCCUUGAGGAUAAGAGUGUGAGGAGGCUCUUCCAGAUGUCACUGGGGCCCCUAAAUGUGACCGCAGAGAUGAAGAGGCUCCAGCUCGUCUUUAAUCUGUAGUUUUCUCCGCAGCACACGCACGCCCCUGUCUGCAGCUGCCACGUUUAAAAAUAUCUUCACGAGGAGGAAGACACAAGAUGGAGUUUAACAAAAACGACGUUAAAAGAACUGCUGGGCAGAGUAUUUCUAAAGUUACAUUAACGUUGAGUGUACUACAUGGAAGUGUUUCCUGAUUAUUCUGCUCAUAUCUUUACAGACUUACAGCAAAAUGUCAAAUCUGUGCAAGGCCUAGAUUUUUAAGAAUGGGACUUAUUUCCAAAGAGUCUGUAUGGGGAGCAAAAGCAGGAGGAACACAAUCCACAAAUAAUGACACCCAGCUGCCAUGGCUGGUAAUCUGAGGAAGAUUUAUUUCUCUGUAUUACAGAUAUCUGCAUGAAGGUCAGCUAACAAUUAGUUUCAGAUCAAACAUCCACACUGAGACGCUGACUGAUGAUGAGUAAACAAAGACAAUCAGCGUUUAGAUUUCCUGACUUCUCUGAGUGCAUCAGGAAUAAUAGAUCAGACCUCCAUUCAGCAACCAAUCACUUUUAAAGUUGUUCUCCUUUAAAGGAAAUCAUCCUCUUUAUGAGCCAUUACAUAUGACAUAAGCCAGACUGAGGCCUCUUUGUAGUUUAGUAUUUACAGUGAAACUGAAAAUGGUCUGCUGGGAAUGUGAAGGUCGAUGGUGUUUACAUGGUCCUUAUCCCAUCCUUUCAUGCUCAGAGACCAGGGCGACUGACUGAAUAAGUAAAAAGAUAGAGGUCUGUAGAGACUGAUUCAUAAUCAGGCCAAAAUUGAGGCCUGAUUUUAAAACGUGGUCCAGGUUCUCCCAAAGCAGAGAUCCUCAUGUUGUAGACUGUGGAUGUCUCACUCUGACUGUUAUUUUUUUUUCUCAGAACGAGAGAAGACGCAGUGCGAGCGUCACAGAGAGACUGCCCAGGCAGCCACCUCCACCGGGAUCUUUUCUUUCUUCCGCCCUCGUCCAGCUGUUGGUCAGUACGUCCCCCAGUGUGACCAACACGGAGCGUACGAGUCCACGCAGUGUCACGGCAGCAUUGGACAGUGCUGGUGUGUAGACGCCAAUGGCCAGGAGAUCCCCAACACCCGCACUGGACCCGGCAACACCCCUCUCUGUAAGUGGGCCAGUUAUGAACCCUGUCAUACUGAUUACACUGCAUCAGUGAUGUUUGUUUGAUAUAAACAUUAACUUUCCUUGUUUGACCAGGUAUCAACCAGGCUGUAACUCCUGCUCCUGUUGGUCCGACCCCUCGGCCUGAUAUCCACCCUGUUACUCCGGGAACAUACAUGCUGUUCGCUCAGAGCGGAAGGAUUGAACAUGUUCCUCUGGAUGGAUAUAACUUUAAAAAGGAGGAGGCCAAACCUCUGCUUCAUGUCCCUGUAAGAAUCAGAGUUUCCCUUUAUUCAGAAAGUUUAAGUAACACCUGGUUUGCACUUGAAAUGAGCUUUCAGGGCUGAGUUCUGUGGUCUGUUAGGUACUCUGAUACUGUUUUCCAACCUUGUGAGUGAAGCUGCACAAAUAUAUAAUCAUUAAAAUAAUAAUAAUAACUUGAUUAGCAUGGAGGUUAUGCCAAAGUCCUUAUGUAGUCAGGGUUGUUCAAAAGUAGAGAACAAUCUUCCUUAGAUUUAGACUUUAGUCUCAGCUUUGGAACAACCUGAAGGGUGCCACAUAAAGAUCUGAGGCUCCAAAAGUUAAACUUUUUACAGCUGAGGGGACGGAAACAGUUGACCCUGAGAGUGGACACAGGCCCUUAAUCCUAAUGUUGUCUUUGUCACAUCACAAGUUUUCUCUAAAACAUCACUGAAGUCAGAAGUGUUUUCUGUCAAAUAUUUCUUGCUGAACACCAGUUUUACCCGCUAGCUGGAGGUCAAGGUAUAACAUUUAUGGUUUCAAACAGCUAUUGUUACCCCAACACUGAACAAUGUUUUUCCACACUGAAUAUUCCUCCCACAUUGUUCAGGCCAACUUUUCCUGUUCACACCAUCAGAUGUGUAGAAAUGAGGUAGAAACCUACAUUAUUCUUUGGGAAAAAUCACACUAUUAAGUUUGAAACCUGGUGAGUUUCUUAAAGAUGUCACAAACUCUCACUCCACAGUUUUUCCUGCUGGCAUCAUCUGGUCCUCGUAAGUCAAAAUAUUACAUAAGCAGCAUACUUACACUGCAUCAUUGUGUAUCAUGAAUGGAGAUGAACGUCUCUGGCUGCACUGAAACAAUCCUCUGAUUGUUGUGAGUCAGAUUUCACCAUCAGAAAUGUCUUCUCCUCUCUGUCUCAGUGUCUGAUGAUUUCAUACAAAGACUUUUUGAAAAUGUCUCCAGAUGAAUGACCGUGUCUGUCUCCUCCUCCUCUCAGGACCGUGUGGUGAUCGCUUUGGCAUACGACUGUGUGGAGAAGAUGGUUUACUGGACAGACAUCACUGGGCCAGCCAUCAGCAGAGCCAAACUGAGCGGAGGAGACGUCAGACCAGUGAUCACUAAAGGUAGAACAGACACUUGCAGACAGAUUCAGAGUCACUUUAGCAAGGGACAGAGGACAAGAAGAAGUAACGCUCCAGUCUUCUUUACAGAGCAUGCUCAGACACCACAUAGGGCACUAUUUAUGUGCUUUCAACUCCCGUCAGGGGUGCAUUCAACGGCACAACACCUGACGUGUCUCCGUGUCCUCUCUCCGUCCUGCUGCUGCAGCGGUGGCACGGCUGACCAGAUGAUUUAUUUAAGUGAUCAGAUGAGUUAUUUACUUCUACAAUUUGAGCAAUAAAGUAAAAUAAAAGAAAAUAAAAUGAAAUAAAAUAAAAUAAAAGAACCUUUCACUCAAAAUUACUUGUUUAUCUGAUUUUCUCACAUCAUUAAGAUUCUGUAAAAAUUCAAUCUGGAGUUAGGCCCACGUACGAAUAUUAUAAUAUUCAGUUUUGUGGGCCAAAUUUAUUUUAUAUGCCAACAUCUAUGAAAGAAAGAGCCAGGCCACGGAGCGCGAUGAGUCAUUUACGCACAGAUGGUUCAGAUUUUUUUUAUUGGAAUUUAUGAUGUGAUCUGUGCGCACAACCCACCUUUGUCAAGUGAGGUUUAAAUAUAUGCAACCUUAUGUGAGUGUCUUUAUUUGUGGAAAAGGGUGUUUGUCUUACCAGUGGGUCCAACCUUACACACACCAAAUCCACCUGUGCUAAUAUGAGACAGUAUGGAGGACGCCCAAUGCAGCGCUUACAGUGACACUUGUUGAGGGGCUGCCUUCUGUCGCCAUCGUGUGGCAUUGCUGUCAUCAGACAUCUCUUGAUCUCUUUGACUACUUCACAAAAAUUGUAAUACGCGUCGCCGGUGGCGGAUUUAAAGGCGAGAGGAGCUUAUGUGAUUGGUCAAUACAGGUCUCGGCUAUAUUAAACCCACUCCACGCCUCCUCUCCUCCCUCCCUAUGACUUACGCAACUCAUACUUACGCUGGGCUGCGCAGCUCACCAAAAUACCAAAUUGUGCUUUGGAACGCCUUGUCGGCGCGGCGGACCCAACACGUCACCGGCGAGGCAUGAAAAUAGAGCCCAUAAUCUGGAUUACCAAACCUCAGACCUCAAAUUCGCCUGUGGCUUUACCAUCCUCAGCCUAAACUCAUCAUCAAGCUCCAAACUUCUCCAAACUUCCACGCUCUACCUUUCCCUAUUGUUCUGAGUCUUUUGUGUGUCUCUACUGUCCUUCCCUAGAACUGCAGAGUCCUGAAGGCAUCGCCAUUGAUCAUGUGGCUCGUCUCCUCUUCUGGACUGACUCCAUGAGAGACACUGUGGAGGUUUCCAAACUGGAUGGAAGCCAGAGGCGAGUCUUGUUUGACACAGAUCUGGUCAACCCUCGACCCAUUGUCACCAACUCAGCGUAUGGGUGAGUGUCACAGAAUAAAUAUUUUCUAACCCAAAUAGCAGCGUCAGUGGUGAUCCUGGUCUCAGAGGUUUGAACUGACUGUUUCUGUCCUGAUGCAGCCGAAUCUUCUGGGCAGACUGGAACAGAGACGGGCCUAAGAUUGAGAUGUCCAACAUGGAUGGGACAGACAGGGAAGUUUUGGUAAAAGAUGACCUAGGGCUUCCAAACGGUCUGACCUUUGACCCUGACAACCAGCAGCUGUGCUGGGCUGACGCAGGUGAGAUAUUUAAACUGGACCAAUCACACAGAACAAUGUAGAUCUGGAUACAGUCAUGUGUCUGCUUGUUGUUAAAUGAAUGGCUGGUUGGAGAGUUGAAUGUUUUUUUGGUUAGUCGCUUGUUUGGUUGCUUAAUGGAUUGACUGUUGGGUGGUAAGUUGGUCAGUCAAAGAAUUGGUAGUUGUUUUGCAGAUUUGUUGGUUGGUGUGUUAAGUGAUUGGUUGAUUAGUCGAUGUGUUGAUUUAUUGGUUUGUUGUCGGUAGCUUUAAAGUUUAGUUGACCUUUUUAGCUUAGCUUUUAAUCAAUAUCUAUUUGUUUUAUCUUCAUUUAUUCUAGUUGGCCUAGGUUUAUUUUAGGUUUGUGUUGUAUUCAUAUUUCAGUUUUUACUUGUUUUUAUCCUUUUAUCAUUUUUAGGACCCCCAGUGUUUUCUCUGAAGGAGCCCUCAGCACUGGGAGCGGUGGUCGGUUGUGGCUGCAGGGGCCGGUCACGGGGUUCCUGGUGGAGGUUGGUGUGUGCCACAUCCCUCCACUGGCCCUGUGUCGGUGUCCUGUGGCAGCAGGCGGCUCUCUGCUCCUGGUGCUGACAGCUCCUCUGAUGGCGCUCUCUGAACUGGUUCAUCUGUACUCAGCCUCAUGUCCAUUAUCUUGGUGUGUGUAUGUGUGGGUGCGUUGGCAUGUGUGUGCGCAUGUGUGUGGGUGGGGUGGGGGGGGCUGGGAUAGUUUUUGGUUUUUAAACAGACUGUAAAGCACUUUGUGUUACAUCUUUUUUUGUGAAAAGGGCUUUAUAAAUAAAGUUUGAUUUGAUUUGAUAUAGUUGUUUGGUUAGUAGUUUGGGGGGGUUGGAGAUUUGGAAAGCUGGUGGGUUGGUCAGCUGAUUAAUUUGUUGGUGAAUUGGUUGGUUGGUUGGUUGGUUGGUUGGUUGGUUGGUUGGUUGGUUGGUUGGUUGGUUGGUUGGUUGGUUGGUUGGUUGGUUGGUUUGUUUAUAUCAAGGUUGGUUGGUAAAUUCUUUGUUUGCUUACUUGUUUGGUUUUUGUUUCUUUGUUGGUUACUUGAUGGAUUUUCAGUUGGUUGGUUGGUGAAUUGGUUUUCUGAGUUAUUGAUUGGUGGGUUGGUUUGUUGCUGGCUCGCCUGCAUGCUGACUGACUGAUUGGUCUGCCUACAGGCACUCGUAAGGUGGAGUGUAUGGAUCCUCACCGGCGACUGAGGAGGCAGAUCGUCGAAGGGAUCCAGUACCCAUUCGCUCUGGUCUCUUUUGGAAGAAACCUUUACUACACUGACUGGAGGAGGUAACAGACUCGCACACCAACUCACACCCAUCAUCAGCAUCAGUGCGCUGAACCGGUUUCAGCAAAUUUAAUUUUUCCAGUUUAAAGGUUGAAAUGUUGAGUACUGAUGGGUCUAGCUCAGUUGUCUAUUUUGACAACAUCUCAACAGUUGUCUAUUUUUUUAACCUAAAAAGAUGAAAAUUUGCUAGUUUUAGUUGAAGUUAUUUUCAGACCAAGGGCCAGUAUUCUACGAGUCCCUUUUGUGUUUAUUAACAUGCUGAGAGUCUGAGAGAACUGAAACAAACUUCCUGUCAGCACUCUGAGCUCUGUUAGACUGAAAUUGUCGUGUUUAAGUUAAACAGCAGUAUUUGUUUGACCAUCAGACAUCCCUGUGUGCUCUCUGUUGAAGGUUUCUUUUUAAUUGUUGAUCUGUUUCAGGGAGGCAGUGAUCAGUGUGGAUCGUCACGCAGAGAAAGAGACGGAUGAGUUUCUGCCUCAGAAACGCUCCAGGCUUUACGGCAUCACCACCACGUCAACACAGUGUCCACAAGGUAGGGUUCAACCAGAGAAACAGAGACCAUCAAGAAACCAGAGAGCGGAAUUUUUACUCUAAAAUUUGAGUUUAUUAACACACUAUAAGGUUGUCUGUCAGGGGCUUAUUAUUACUCUGGGUUGUGAAGACUCUGAAUGCCUCAGCCAUGCUGAAUGUGGCCUCAAAAAUACCAAGCUUCAAACAAAACCUUCUUUGUUUACAUUUUUAACCGUACUUUAUAUAGUUAACAACUGCGUUAAUGGUCAGUCUGAACAGGUAAAGUAGACCAAUAAGUGGAAAACUGCCUGAACUACCGGUAUGUGGACAAACAACAGUGCAAAUGUAUUAAGUAUGUUUUAUACUUUAAACGUUUAGCUUACAUGUUUUUAAAUGGAAAUUAUUAUUGAAUUUAAAAACAAUACAACAGAACAAGGGAUCAGGUUGUCAUUUAACAGUUGUAAUUAAACAUUUUACCUUUUUCAUGCUAAUCACAGCUUUUGAAAGACCAUAUCCAUUUCUAGCUGCCAGUCACAGCUUCUGAAAGGCCAUGUCAACGCUCAGCAGCAGGUCAAGUAAAAUCCUGUGUUAUUGAGAUUUUUAGGUGAAUAUUCAAAAGCACUUACAUUUAUAACUUUUCUAUAUCAGCCUGACAGUCCCUAAGCAUUUCAAAGUCGGGUUUGUCUGAUGACUUUUGAAAGUAUUUCACAGACAGCUAAACCUGCAUGUAGGUCCUCAACUCCUAACAGAUUUAAAUAGUUUCUCACUAACCUAUUAUCGUCCAAAAGAUUAUGCAACAAUCAUUGAGCAAUGAGAGGAUUGUGUACGACAAUGUGUUAGUAAAAAGAGCUGAAAAAUGGAAAUUGCAACAUCAAGUUGUCAAGCAGCAGGUUAUGAAUAAGUGAAGGUCCUACAGGUUUGAAGUCCUCUAGAGGGACAUUAUUUUGGUGGUUAUUGUACCUGACUCUACGCAUGCACCUUUACUUUGUUUUUUGACUGCACCAGCUACAAAAAUGUCCCUGUGAGCCAAGAAAAGAUGCUGUUGACUUGGAGCAGCUUUGACUAAGUGAAGAGUCCAAACUUCCUGCAGAGCAUCCUGAUAAAAUCAUUUGGCUCCUCACAUAUGAGGACCAGGACACUGAGCAGCUCUGAGGAGUCAGCAGAGCUGUUUAAUGCACUCAGUGACCGCUGUAAUUGGUUCCAGGCACAUAUAGCAUGUAGAGGGAUAUAAGCGUGGGAACUGCAGGCGAAGUGACCUCGGGGGAGCCAGCGGUGGAUAACGAGCCUUACAUCUGGCUCAGAGCCCUGAGCUUUACAGCAGACGGUAUAAGUCCACCUGCUGGUUUCUGAUGAUGGACGAUCUGUUGUGUUCCUGAGACUGCAGUCUGAAACUUAAUGUUUCAGUUUGACUUGGCAAUACGUUCAGCGAUCGAGUCUUGAAGAUUGUGUUCAGUCAACAGUCCGAUCUGAUAACAAACACGUUACAGCAGACGGCAUGAAAGAAUUUUCAGGCUGUUUGGAUCUCAGACUAAAAUGUAUGUUUUUUUCUGCUGCAGUCUAAGAGCUGCUGUAAAUCUUUUACAUUUUGCUUCAGUCUACAAACCUGGUCCAAAAAUACUGUGUACUUUUAUGUACAUUAUGGGACCAAGAAAAAAUUUGCAUAUCAGUUAUUGCACACGAAAAAUAUGCACGUCGGCUUUGAGGGGAUGCAUAUUAUUGGUCGAAAACCACCCAAAGUGGAUUCUUUAUAAUAGGGGACCUUUAACAAAAGAAUCUUUGCACUUUAAAUUUGUGAAUAAAUUGCACAUAAAAACUAAUUUUCAUUAACUAUACAGAUUUAAAUCUUGGUCCAUAAGCGAUGAGCAGCUUAAUUAUUGUACAUAAAAACUUGAAAAAUUUAGGGAAUAUGUCAUAACACUCAUAUGGUGCAUGUUAAUGCUGCACAAUAUUUUAAACAGAAAUUUUAGACAUCAUAUUGUAACUCAAAAAAAUAUGUCAUUAUUUUGCACAUGAAAAGUUUAACAGAAAAAUAUGCAAAUACACAAUUGCACACUAAUAUUUUGUGAAACUUUGCACAUAUUUUAUUAAAUAUGAAAUGAUCAGAACAUUUGAUCCUUUACACGAACACAUGGCUGUUAAUAUCCUCCUCACUCUCUUUUUUUUCUGUCUUGUCAGCCUAUAACUACUGCUCUAAUAACGGUGGCUGCUCUCAUCUCUGUCUGCCACGGCUUGGCGGUUUCACCUGUCGUUGUCCGGACGGUUCAGCAGGCAGCUGUGAGGAGAGAAAUCUGUGA